UUUGGGAAAAAAUAAGAAAAAGAAAGAAAACCAUUUUUUCUAUAACUUAUUUUUCUGCAAAUUAUUUUGAGAUUUUGAAAACCAAAAAUACUUGGAUUUUUGAAGAAGAGGGUCUGUGUCUGUUCAAAACUUGAACUUUGGCCCCUUCACUAUCUUUCUUUCUCUUCCUUCUCCCACAGAUGUCAUCUGCAAUUUAAGGUUUUCUUUCCUAGAGAGAGAAACAAAGCGCGGGACACCCUAAAAUUCUUUCUCUCUCUAUAUCUACACAUCUAGGUAUAGAGAGAGAAAGAAAGAAAGAACUAUUGUAUGAUUCUUAAUUGGGUGGUCGAUGCUGGAUUGCCUUGGAUUUGCUAAAAGCUCAUAGGAGAUAUUGAAGGUGAAGUUGGCACUUAUGCAUUUAAGGUAUUGUUGUUUUGAUAAAUUCCUGUGUGUUUUUUUGAAUGGGAUCUAGGCCUGGAAUGGUUGUGGAUUUUGUAAGCUAUUCAAGUUUUGGUGAAGGAGAAGGGUUGCACUAGGUUUUUGGAUUGUGUUGGGGAACUUGUGAAUGUUGGUUCCACUGUGGAACUUGCUUGAAGUAGGUAUUUGAGUACACUAGAGACAUGGCUGAAGAAUAUUUCUCAUAGUGAGUUCUUCCCUGAGUGUGGUUUGGUGUUUGGUAGGGUUUGUUUUGGUUGGCUAAUGGAGUUGCAGGCUGAUAUAUUGUUGGAUGUUUGCAGCGAAGAAGAGGCGGGAGAUAGUAUCGAGAGUGUGUGUGACUUACUAGAUGGGAGAAAGUUGUGUAGAACUAAUAGAGUUAGGUGCUUGAAUCCAGAGCUCAGUGGUUCCAAGAAAAUUGUUGAUUUGAACUCACUGGACCGGAAGACAAAUGUGGCUAGUGUUGGAAACUUAUGCAGCCGUAAUUAUGCAAUGGAUAGACUCAACAAUUUGAAUGGAAGUAAAACAUCAGUAGCGGAUAUAUCUGAUGCAGUAAACAGCAUGACUGGAGUUUCGGAUGGUGGCAAGAGGUGUGAUAGUGGCGAUGAAGAUAGUGUUAAUAAGGGGAGCUCUGGUCGAAAGAGGAAGAGAGAGUCUAUGUCAGAAAUGCUGCACUGGAUUCUUGAUAGGGCUGAGAAUCCUUGUGAUCCUGCUAUGGGUUCAAUGCCCGAAAAGUCAAAGUGGAAGUCAUAUGGUAGUGAAGAGAUCUGGAAGCAGGCUUUGUUGCUCAGGGAAGCUGUAUAUCUGAAAAGUGAUCACCCUAGUUGGCAGGGUCAGAGGAUGCAUCCUUGCAUGUAUGAUGAUCAGGUUGGGGCAAACUACAAUCUUAGGGAGAGAUUAAAAACUGACAAGAAAUCAACAUCUGGUGAUGGCUCUUCACAUGCUGGAGGAACAGAGGGAGGUUCCGAGAGAAGUCCAACUCCUCAUUCUAGUGCUGAGAAAUGGUCACUUGAUGUACCUGCCACCAUGCCCAUUCCUAUUGGCCCGGCCCAUCAAGCUGAAGUUCCUGAAUGGACUGGCAUGGCUGUUGAGAGUGAUUCAAAAUGGUUUGGAAACCAAAUAUGGCCAGCAGCAAAGGUGAAUACCAAUCUUAUAGAAAGGGAUCCCAUCGGAGCUGGAAGAAAAGAUUCAUGUGGCUGCCAAUUUCAAGGUUCUGUUGAGUGUAUCCAAUUCCAUGUUGCUCAGAAAAGGGCUAAACUUAAGCUAGAAUUGGGUGAUGCAUUUUACAUGUGGAAUUUACACAAGACAGGGGAAGAUGUUAGGCGAUUGUGGACCGAAGACGAAGAGAAGAAGUUUAAGGAUGUGGUGAAAGCAAACCCUCUUUCACAUGAGACAUGUUUUUGGGAACAAAUUUUCAAAUCGUUUCCUACAAAGAGCAGGGAAGAUUUAGUGAGUUACUACUUCAAUGUCUUCCUCUUGCAGCGAAGGGGAUACCAGAAUAGGAAUACUCCAAAUGACAUCAACAGCGACGAUGAUGAAGCAGAAUAUGGACCAUUGAAGAAUUCUUUCGGACAUAACACAGAUAACCCUCGCACUACCUUAUUAUCGCCUAAGAAGCCUAAGACAAAGGGAAGAUAGCGAGUUACUGAAGUCACAAGCUUCGUUGAGCAGAGUUUGGCCAUUUGUUCUUUGUGGCAGCAAUCUUCCAUGUCAAUUGAUCUCUUCUCCUUUCUUGGAAUGUCAAAUCAUCUUUGCACAUCUUUGCUGCAGCAAUUUUCAGAACCAAUCUUUAUCUCAUUGCUUAGGAUGUGAAAUCAUUGAUUUCUGCGUCAUAGCUGCAGAAUUUUCGGAAUUUUCGGUGUCGAUGGUUUGUUGUCACCUUGCUUUCUUGGUGUACAAGAUUGGGAUUCAAUUGAUUGGUUUGGUUUUGGUGUAGGGUCUCUGCGAAAUGGUGGUGGAAGCAGCAAACUAAGAGAUUUGAACUGCUAGAAUUUGGAGUUUUCUUUAGUUUACAUGCUUCCAAUUUUGAGAUAUACUAUGCAUUUUCACAAUGAUGUGUUGCAGCCAUUGGUGUUCUUAAUUGCAUGAUUUAUUUUGCCCUUUUUGUCUUACCUCUUGAUUGUGACAAGAGUUUUUAAAAAGUUGAAAGAACAGCUUCAUAAAAUAUAUAGAUGACAUUUUUCUUUGUAGAGGAUCAUGAUUAAAUACAUGGAAAUGUAAUUUAAAUUUCAUCCUUUCA